AUGUACAACGUUAGCCUGACUUGGGCUCAGAUAAUAUCCCCAGCUAUCGAUAUGAUCGAACUCAUCUCAGCUCGUGGCAACACCUCCCUUGAGUCUGCUGUGAGCUUGACCAAAACUAUUCGUUUAGAGAUACAAUCUUUGGGUCAAAGACUUGCAACUGCUGCCGGCAUUGAGGAGCAACAUCAUAAGCGAGGAUCUAAGCUAGACGACCGAGCUCGGCAUGAAAGAGAGUUGAAGCAGAUAGCCCAGGCCAUUAAAAAGCUACUGACUCGGAUCGAAGACGCUGUCCCGUUGAUCAAUCUAGCAAUUACCGCCUCCGGGGCAAAUCUGUCGUCCAGCCUGCCGUCAACGAUCUCACCAUCAAGACUUUUACAAGCUAGCACCUUCGUAACAGCUGGUGAUUCUCAAUAUGGCUCGUCUCGUUCAAAAUCUGUCCAAGUUGGACCUACUUUCACAUUGUCAGUGUAUAUGCUCUUCCAAGGGCAUUUCAGGCCACAAACAGAAGAGGAUGUCAGGCAGACCACGUGGAAGGAAGUUAUUCAUAAAGCUGAUGUGCGGUUAAUGCGCGUUCCUAUCGAUGCACUGCAUCAGUUGCCCAGCUCAGGUGAUGUACAGCCAGACUUGGACGGCGAAGUGACACUAGACGAGUAUGCUUAUCAGAUCGUGAUUGUAGAAGAUCUUGAAGAUGAUAGAGUUCAUACAUUCGAGGAAGAUGAUGUGCAGCCUGAGCCUUAUGCAGACAUACCACUUGCCGGACUACGAGAAGUUAUGCCAAUACAUGAGAUUUCACGAAUAUUCUAUGCGGACACGGGCAAAAUACUGAACAUUGGUUCAGAAGGAGAGACCAACAGCCCAAUUCUGCUACUUAAACGUGAUAUCAAUGCAAUCCCACCAAGACGUAGGACUGAUGAGUACGAUGACUAUGGCCAAAUGGAUGGUGAUCUGGAUACUGUGCCGACUAGACAAGGCCGUAGAGACGCGAGAAAUGAGGAUUUCAGCCACCAGGCCCUGGUAGUUCCAGAAAACCCGAUUGCUUCAAUGAGUCCAGGAGCUGACAAAAGAGCCACCCUGCCCCGCAAUAAAUGGCAAUUACCACAGGAUCUUGACCCCGAGUGGGUCGCUUUUGAAGUCUACACAGAAGCAGAUGACUCGGAUACAGAGAUAGAGGCCGAGUCCGAGCCCCUACACCGCUCUUCACAAAAACACCUGCCUGCCAACCCUUCUGUCACGUCAAGGCUUUCGCAGCUGAGCAUGAAUAGCCCCAGCAGCCAAACGACAUCAGCUCUGUCUACACCCAAAUCCCAGACACAAAAUCACCAGCCGAGAUUACCUCCCAUUAGGACAUCACUGUCACUACUGGAAAUGCUCCUUCGCCUUCUGUCGUUGCAGCAAUUCCAGCAAUCGCCUCAUCUGUCAAUACCCGACGAACUUCUGACAUUCUUUCUGUCCGAAGCUGCAUCUACAGGUGCUGCAUCAAAUGACGUGCAAGAACGAAGGCGUCUUCGGGAGGAGGCUCGAAGGCAUGUUGGCUUUGACCCAUACGAUGAAAGUCCUGUGAAACGACGAGGAGAGGAGUACCAGUACCGUGGUGGCGAACAGAAUAACUGGGAUGACGAAGGCCAGAGCUUCUCAGAAAGUGGAACCUCAAGGCCAUCGAGAUAUGAUGACGAGGGUUAUGGAACAUCCGAAUGGCGAGAGGUUACCGACAGGCGUCAGGGCUCGGUGUCUAGGAGUAUGACGCCGCAGACACCGUCAUUGUUGAAAAGUCGCUCGUAUGGUGGAACCCCACAGACCCCAUCACAAUAUUCUAGAGAGCGACCGCAGCCGGUGAAACGAUACAGUGAACGGUUGCGAAACGUAUCUAGCAAGAUCUCGAGCCCACUGAGCAGGUCUGACGCUGGUAAUACUGAUGAAGGCUUAGGCACGAGUCCAAAUACUCCGGCAGUCCCACCACGGUAA